AUGAGUUCAAUUUCAGUUGAUAAUAAGCCUCAUGCUGUAUGCAUUCCCCUUCCAUUUCAAUCCCACAUUAAGGCAAUGCUUAAAUUAGCAAAACUCCUCCACCACAAAGGUUUUCAUAUCACCUUCGUUAACACAGAGUUUAACCACAAGCGCUUUCUUAAAUCUCUAGGACCCAACUCCCUUGAUGGCUUGCCUGAUUUUCGGUUUGAAACUAUUCCCGAUGGCCUUCCAGAUUCAGAAGAUUCUGCCCAAGACCCCUAUCUUCUUUGUGAUUCUGUCAGAAAAAAUUGCUUGGCCCCAUUUCGUAACCUCAUCAUGAAACUCAACGAUACAACUUCCAGCAAUGUUAAUCCUCCAGUGACUUGCAUUGUUUCUGAUGGUUUCAUGACGUUCACCAUCACAGCUGCUGAAGAACUUAGACUCCCUGUCACGCUGUUAUUUACCAUUGCUGCAUGUGCCUUCAUGGGCUCUAAACAAUAUCCCAUUUUGGUGGAAAAAGGACUUGCGCCACUAAAAGAUGAGAGCUGCUUAACAAAUGGAUUUCUAGACAAGGUAAUAGAUUGGAUUCCAGCAAUGAAGGGUAUCCGUUUAAGGGAUCUCCCAAGCUUUUUCGAAACCACAAAUGAUCCUAAUGAUAUCUUCCUCAACUUCACCAUUGAAGCAAUGGACAGAGCUCAUACAGCUUCAGCAGUUAUGCUUCAUACUUUUGAUGUAUUGGAGAGAGAUGUUUUGGAUGCUCUCUCAUCCAUGCUUCCACCUGUUUAUGCCAUUGGCCCUCUCCAAUUACUUCUCAAUAAGAUACCACAAGAGUACCCUUUGAAGCCUAUGGGAUACAGUUUAUGGAAAGAAGAAACUGAGUGCUUCAAAUGGUUAAACGACAAGGCGCCAAAUUCUGUUGUUUAUGUGAACUUCGGCAGUAUAGCAGUCAUGACACCGGAAUGUCUUGUGGAGUUUGGGUGGGGACUUGCAAAUAGCAAGAAUCCCUUCUUGUGGAUAAUUAGGCCUGAUCUGGUGGUGGGUGCCUCAGCAAUUUUGCCACCUGAGUUUGUUGCUGAGACCAAGGAAAGAGCUCUCAUAGCAAGUUGGUGCCCACAAGAACAAGUGCUUAACCACCCAUCCAUUGGAGGGUUUCUAACACACAGCGGUUGGAAUUCAACCAUUGAAAGUUUGUCUGCAGGAGUUCCUAUGGUUUGUUGGCCACUCUUUGCUGACCAGCCAAUAAACUGUUGGUAUACUUGCAAUGAAUGGGGCUGUGGCAUGGAGAUUGAUAAGAAUGUCAAGAGAGAGGAAGUGGAGAAGCUUGUUCGAGAGUUAAUGGAGGGUGAGAAGGGCAAGAAAAUGAAAAAUAAGGCCAUGGAGUGGAAGAAACUAGCAGAAGAAGCCACUGGUCCACAUGGUUCUUCAUCCACAAACUUAGACAAUUUGGUGAAUCAAGUGCUAUUAAAAAACAACUAG